AUGGAAGGAGAAAGUUCAAGAAAGAAAAAAGCCACUUUCAAUGACUAUGGUUUCAUGGAUUUGGUUUUUUCUUGGUCUAUUGAAGAUAUUUUAGAUGAAGAUUUCUAUAAGAACAAGGUAGAAAAGAUUGGACUAUCAUUUCAGUCCAUUAAUCAUUAUCUUGGAUCAUACAAAUAUCCAAUACUAGAAGAGACUCGAGCGAGUCUAUGCUCGAGUAUGGAAGUCAUUGACCAAGCACCUUAUGGAAGAGUGGCUGGACUGAAAUUGGCCAAACCAUUUAAGAACAAAAAUGAUGAUGAAAUGGAAAAACCAAUAAAAAAUAAACUGUAUAACUUGAAAAUCGACCAUUGGCAAAACAGGUUUGUUCGCGGUGAGCCAUACAAAACAUUGCCUGGAGAUGUUUUGGUUUUGUCUGAUUGUAAACCGGAAUCAGCAAAUGAUCUGCAAAGAUUCGGAAGAAUGUGGUGUUUUCUGUCAAUUGUGAAGACAGAAGAUGAAAAUGAUGGUGAGACUAUGGGUUCUGUUAGUUUUAAAGUGAUUGCAUCUAAAGAUCUUGACCUUGAUGAGUUAAGAUACGAAUCUCUAUAUAUUGUUUUCUUAACAAAUGUUGGACCGAAUAGAAAAAUCUGGAGUGGUCUCCACAUGAGUGGUGGCAAUUUGAAGCUACUAAAUCAAAUCUUAUGCAACAGUGAUGAUCAGGUCAAGAAUUGUGAGUGCAUUUCUCCAGCUGAUACUAUAUUCGAUGAUCGUUCAUAUCAAAGAUUAACAUCAGGGUUGAAUGAAUCGCAAAACAAUGCGAUUCGUGAUUGUCUUUCUGGCAUUCAUUGCAGUCACAGUUCUACUGUCAAACUUGUUUGGGGUCCUCCUGGGACUGGAAAGACGAAAACUUUAGGAACAUUGCUUUAUGUUCUAAUGAAAAUGAGAUAUAGAAUCCUGGUGUGUGCACCAACAAAUGUUGCGAUCAAGGAAGUUGCUUCACGUGUGUUGCGCGUUGUAAGAGAGUCACUUGGUAGCCAAGUCGGUGAUUUGGCCUGUUCUCCAGGGAACAUUCUGUUGUUUGGAAAUAAUGAGAAGCUUGAUGUUGGUGGAGAAGAUAUUGAAGAUAUAUUUCUGGAUAGCCGCGUGCAACAGCUCAGGAAAUGUUUAUCGCCUUAUACUGGUUGGAGACAUUGUUUUGACUCAAUGAUUAAUCUUCUUAAAUAUUGUGUUUCUGAUUAUCAGAUGUUUGAGAAUGAGAUAAUAAGAUUGAAGAAAUCAGGCAUUAAAGGUUAUACGUGUAAGUCGUUUCCGGAGUUUCUGAGAGAAAAGUUUCGUUCUAGAGCAUUGCAACUAAAAGAUUGUAUUUCUAUGUUAUGCACUCAUGUACCAAAGUGUCUCAUUUUAGAACAUAACUAUAGGAACUUAGUGUGUUUAAAUGAGACACUUGAAUCAUUUCAAAUAAUGUUGUCUCAAGAGCAUUUGUCUUCUGAUGAGUUGAAGACACUUUUCCGUAAUCUCGAAAUGCCUGAGGAUUCAUCUUGGUAUUCUAAGAAUGCUGCUGCACAAAAUAUGUUCAAGAAGAGAAAUCAAUGUUUAUCAGCUUUAGAAACUGCGAAAGAUUCACUUGACAGACUCGAGUUGAAAAGAUUUACCGAUGACCAUUCAGUUAGAGACUUCUGUUUUGAAAAUGCAUCAGUAAUAUUUUGCACAACUUCUAGUUCCUUUAGGUUACACAAGGUUUCUAUGAAGCCGAUUAACCUUUUGGUGAUCGAUGAAGCUGCACAACUUAAAGAGUGUGAAUCAGUAAUACCUUUACAACUUCCAGAAAUCAGCCACGCCAUUCUUGUUGGUGAUGAGUGUCAACUGCCGGCUAUGGUCAGAAGUAAUGUUUGUUCUGAAGCUGGUUUUGGAAGAAGCCUAUUUGAGAGAUUAAGUUUAUUGGGUAGCCACAAAAACCUUCUCAAUAUGCAGCAUAGGAUGCAUCCACAGAUAAGUUUAUUUCCAAAUUCACAUUUCUAUAAUAACAAAAUUCGUGAUGCUCCGCAUGUUGAAAGAAAUUACGGAAAGCAAUAUCUUCCUGGUCCAAUGUUUGGUCCCUAUUCUUUUAUAAAUGUUGCCGGGGGAAGAGAGGAAUAUGAUGAUGAUGGAAGAAGUUAUAAGAAUAUGGCUGAGGUUGCUGUCGUCAUGACGAUACUAAAGAAUUUACAUAAAGCAUGGCUAGCUACGAAGGAGAAACUUUCCAUUGGCAUAGUUUCUCCAUAUGCUGGACAAGUUCUCAAAAUUCAGGAGAAACUAGCAAGAAUGAAUGAUAUUAUCCAUGAUGGAUUUGAUGUGAAUGUGAAAUCAAUUGAUGGUUUCCAAGGUGGUGAGCGCGAUAUCAUUAUAUUAUCAACUGUUAGAACAAAUUACAGGACUUCACUUCAAUUUGUUUCAUCUCGUCAACGAACUAAUGUAGCUCUUACAAGGGCUAGGUAUUGUUUGUGGAUUUUGGGCAAUGAAAGGGCCUUGGCAAGCAGUGACAAUGUUUGGAAGAGUUUGGUGCUUGAUUCCAAGAAUCGUGGAUUUUUCUUUCAUGCGGAUCGAGACACUGAAAUGGCUAAGGCUAUCUUUGAUUCCAUAAAAGAGUUAGAUCAAUCUCUUGAUUUGCUUGAUACAAAUAGUGUAAUUUUCAGAAAUACUCUGUGGAAGGUGCAUUUCAGCGAUAGAUUCCGUAGAUCAUUCAAAAGGGUGCGCACUCAACAGAGCAAAAACUCGGUCAUAAAUGUUUUAGAAAGACUUGCGACUGGAUGGAGGCCAAGAGGGCGUAGUAUAGAAUUUGUUUGCGAAAAGUCAUCCAAGAUUCUGAAACAAUUUAAGGUGGAAAGUCGCUACAUUAUUUGUUCAAUAGAGAUUGUGAAGGAUUUGAGGGGCCACUUUCAGGUUCUCAAAAUGUGGGACUUAGUACCAGUAGAAGAUAUUCCACAAUCAGCUAAGCGCCUCGAUUGUGAAUUCAGAAGAUAUACAGAUGAAUAUAUAGCGUGCUGCAAAGAAAAAGGUUUUGAUGGGAAAGUAGAGUUUCCUUUGAGCUGGCCAAGAAGUGCGAACAUCGAAAAAUUUAAGAGUUUUGGUACUAAUGACACAAAGGAGGGUGAUUUAGUUCCAUCUGAAGAUGAAAAUGAUCGUGCUCAAAACUCGAUGAUCGAGGAGAGUACUUUGUUGAUGAAGUUCUGCAGCAUUUCACCAGAUUACACGCUUGACAGCUGUGACUCUAUUGAAGCGGAUCUUCUGUUUGAGUUAACUGAAGAACAGCGUAACAUAAUUGUCUUCCCUAGGAGUACAUUUGUACUUGGUCGAUCAGGCACUGGAAAAACUACAGUUCUUACGACUAAGAUGAUUCGAAAUGAGAAAAUGCACCAUGUGGCUUUAAAAAGAGUGUAUGGUCCCUAUUUCAAUGCAAGCGAGUCUAGUGAGAGUGCUGUUGAGAUUAAGAUACCGGUAUUACGCCAAUUAUUUGUGACAUUAAGUCCUGGACUGUGCAAAGAGAUCAAACACCAUGUUUCUUGUUUUAAAAGGUCCCUAGGGGAGAUUGGUUCAGUUGAUGCAUAUAUUGAGGAUGCAACAAACUCAUUUUCUGAUCUUCCAUCCCAUUUAUAUCCGCUUGUUAUAACAUUUCGCAAAUUUUUGCUGAUGCUUGAUUGUACUUUGGGUAAUUCUUAUGUCAAGAGAUUUUCUGAUCUCGAGAAGGAGGUGAAUUAUGAAAGAUUUGAUUCAAUAUACUGGCCUCGCAUUAAUUCGCAAUUGAUCAAAAAGUUGGAUUCAUAUCUUGUGUUCACUGAAAUUAUGUCACAUAUAAAAGGUGGCAUUAAAGAAGCUGAAAUAGGUAAGUUGAGUCGUGAUGACUAUUGCACUUUAUCUGAAAGCCGAGCAUCAAGUAGUUUGAGCAUGAAAACAAGAGAAACGAUAUAUGAUAUAUUUCAAGACUACGAAAAAAUGAAGAUGAAAAAGGGAGAAUUCGAUAUGGCUGAUAUUGUACUUGAUCUCCAUCAUAGACUGAAGACUGAAAAAUACAAGGGUGAUUUAAUGAACUUUGUGUUUAUUGAUGAAGUGCAAGAUCUCACAGUGGCGCAAAUUGCUCUAUUUAAACACAUUUGUAGAAAUGUUGAAGAUGGUUUUGUUUUCUGUGGAGAUACAGCACAAACCAUUGGAAGGGGUAUUGAUUUUAGAUUCCAAGAUGUAAGAUCACUCUUCUACAAGAAGUUUGUGUUGGAAUCUAAAAGUCGGCUUUCGGAUAAAAAACACGAGAAAGUAAAAGGAUGUGUUUCUGAUAUUUUCAUGUUGAGUCAGAACUUCAGUACACAUUCUGAGGUACUGAAAUUGUCACAAAGUAUCAUUGAACUUUUGUAUCAUUUCUUUCCGAAUUCCAUCGACAUGUUGAAGGUGGAGACAAGCUUGGUGUAUGGAGAACCUCCUAUUGUUAUCCAAUCUAGGGAUGGAGAAAAUCCAAUUCUAACAAUUUUUGGAGGAAAUGGAUACAAUGGAGGGAACAUUGGAAGGUUUAGUGAAAAUCAAGUAAUCCUGGUAAGAGAUGAUUUUUCUAAGGAAGAAAUCACACGAGUUGUCGGAAAACAAGCUCAAGUUUUGACGAUUUUGGAGGGCAAGGGACUUGAAUUUAAGGAUGUCUUAUUGUAUAACUUUUUUGCUUCUUCUCCGUUGAAAAGGCGAUGGGGGAUAAUAUACGAGUACAUGAAAGAAACGAAUAUGUUGGAUGCUCGAUUUCGUAUCAAUUGUCAAGGUUUUGUUGAAUCAAAGCAUAAUGUUUUGUGUUCUGAACUGAAGCAACUAUAUGUUGCAUUAACUAGAGCUAGAAAGAGGUUAUGGAUUUGUGAGGAGGAUGGCGACGAGUUUUCUAAGCCUAUGUUUUCUUAUUGGGAAAAGAAGAAACUGGUACAAUUCAAGUUACUAGAUAGUUCUUUUGUUGACACAAUGAAGGCUGAAGGAUGA